AUGUCGAAUAACAAUGGUAAUUCUUCUUGCAAUGACCGUUCAAUUGUGGCGGAUUGCGAAUAUGCUGUUGAUCCUGCAUCAGGAGGUUUUUUUCAUUCUGAUUACAAAAAACAUGAUGACUUGAAGCAAAUGUUAGACGCUAACAAAGAUGGCUUGAAAUUAGAAGCUAUGAAAAGAAUUAUAGGCAUGAUUGCCAAAGGUAGAGAUGCUUCUGAUUUAUUUCCUGCUGUUGUUAAAAAUGUGGUGUCUAAAAAUCUGGAAGUUAAAAAAUUAGUUUAUGUUUAUCUUGUUAGAUAUGCGGAGGAGCAACAAGAUUUAGCUCUUUUGUCAAUUUCUACAUUUCAAAGAGCAUUAAAGGAUCACAAUCAGUUGAUUCGAGCCAGUGCACUUAGGGUUUUGUCAAGUAUUAGAGUUCCUAUGAUUGUACCUAUUGUAAUGUUAGCCAUUAAGGAUUCUGCUUGUGAUAUGUCACCAUAUGUCAGAAAAACUGCUGCUCAUGCCAUUCCUAAGUUGUUUAGACUUGAUCCUGAACAGAAAGAAGAUCUUGUGCAAUUGAUUGACAAGUUAUUAGCUGAUAAGACUACAUUAGUGGUAGGAUCUGCUGUAAUGGCUUUUGAGGAAGUUUGCCCUGAAAGAAUUGAUUUGGUUCAUAAAAAUUACAGGAAGCUUUGUAACUUGUUAAUCGAUGUAGAUGAAUGGGGCCAAGUUGUUAUUAUGAAUAUGCUUACAAGAUAUGGAAGAACUCAGUUUAUUGAUCCCAACAAUCAUAAUGAAAACGAAGUGAAAACUCAGGCCUUGUGUGACGAUUCAGAAAAAUCAGAAGAUGAAAGAAAACGUGAUAUGGAGCAAGGAAAUAAUAUUUUACUUUUAGAUCCGGAUCACAGAUUACUUUUGAAGCAAACUAAGCCUUUGUUGCAAAGUUGUAACGCGGCAGUAGUGAUGGCUGUUGCGCAGCUUUAUCAUCACAUUGCUCCAAAAUCUGAAGUUUUGAUAGUUGCUAAAGCUUUAAUAAGAUUAUUACGAUCACGACGGGAAGUUCAAUCUGUGGUUCUUAAUUGUAUAGCCUCUCUAUCCACACUCAGAAAGGGUAUGUUCGAACCUUUUCUUCAAAGUUUUUUUGUGCGAACCAAUGAUCCAACCCAUAUAAAAUUAUUGAAAUUGGAAAUUUUAACGAAUUUGGGAAAUGAAGUAAAUAUUGGUGUGAUAUUACGAGAAUUUCAAACUUACAUAUCCAGCAAUGAUAAAAUUUUUGUUGCUGCAGCAAUACAAGCCAUUGGCCGAUGUGCGGCAGUAAUUAAAGAAGUGACGGAUACUUGUUUGGCUGGUUUGGUAUCUUUGCUGUCAAAUCGCGAUGAAAGUGUUGUGGCGGAAAGUGUGGUGGUUAUUAAAAAACUAUUUCAAUCUCAACCUCACACGCACCAAGAUAUUAUCAAACACAUGGCCAAAUUAUUAGAUCAUAUAACGAUACCCCAAGCAAGAGCUUCUAUAGUUUGGCUAUUGGGAGAAUAUUGCGAAAGAAUUCCAAAAAUUGCUCCAGAUGUGCUUAGAAAGAUAGCCAAAACGUUUACUAAUGAGGAAGACAUAGUUAAGCAGCAAGUAUUAAAUUUAGCAGUGAAAUUGCACCUGACUAAUUCUUCUCAAACCGCUGCCUUGUGCCAGUACGUAUUUACUCUAGCUAGGUACGAUCUGAAUUACGACCUUAGAGACAGAGCAAGAUUUCUCAAGUUGUUUAUCAUGUCACCCGUUUCGGAAAAUUCAAAACUUGAAAAACAAGCAAAAAAAAUAUUUUUGGCGCCCAAGCCGGCUCCCGUUUUAGAAUCGAAAUUUAAAGGAAGACAACGAUUCCAGUUGGGAUCUUUAUCUCAUUACAUCGAUUCCCGUGCUAUAGGAUAUCACGACCUGCCAUCAUUUCCCGAAGUCGCGCCAGAUCAAAGUGUUAGAAAUGUAGAAAUUACUAUUGAAAAUUCCGAUCCGGGUAAUCUUAAACACAAAACUAAAAAAAUGGGAAAAAAAAAAUCAUUUUAUUCGGAAUCGGAUCAAAAUUCAUCAGAAGAUUACGAUUAUGAUGAUGAUGAGGAGGAGGAGGAGGAUGAUGAUGAUGAUGAUGACGAUGAUGAUGAUGAGGAUGAGGAUGAUGAAGAAGAUGAUGAUGAUGAGGAGGAUGAGGAGGAGGAUGAUGAAGAUGAGGAGGAGGAGGACGAUGACGAUGACGAUGAAGAUGACGAAGGUGACGACUCCAGUGAUGAUGAUGAUAAUGAUGAUGAUGAUAACGAUGAUGCUAGCGAUAAUGAAAAUAAUAAACGAAACAAUUUUAAUAACGAUCAGAAUUAUAAUAAAUAUUCUAAUUUUGGUGAUACCAAAACAAAUUUAGAUCUUUUAUUGGAAUUAAAUGAUGCUCUUCCUUCAACGGCUCCAGUAUUAACUCCGUCCCUCGGAGGUUUUACUAAUAACGCAUCCUCAGUAAGUCACACUAAAGUUCAAUCAAUUGAAACUGUGGGACCCAGUUAUGUAUCUUAUAAAGGAAAAGAAUUAGUAAACAAAUUAAAUGGAGGAGGUUUAAGUGUGGAAUAUCGGUACACGCGAUCUCCUCACCUAUUUUCAUACAAAAUGAUUUCAAUCGAACUCACAUUUAUUAAUCAUGGACCAGAUGACGUAACGGAAAUUAAAAUAGAUUCAAAGGAUUCUAAUCAAGGGAUCAUAAUUCACGGUUUCACUCCUAUUUCGUGUCUUAAAGUUAAUUCUAGGCAAUCUGAAUUGAUAGGAGUUGAUAUAAACGAUUCAACUCAUCCCGUACAUUUUACUAUAAAUACCGGCUCUGGAAGAAAUAUAAACGUUUCAUUAAAAAUUCCAAUUGGAGAAAUAUUAAGGGCUGUUUCAAUGCCGGAAACCUUAUUUAUUACCGAAAGAAAUAAACUUCGUGGAAUGAAUGAACAUUCGGUAGAAAUUCCCGCGUCACAAGGAUGCUGCGUGGAGUUAAAAUCCGUUGCUCAAAAAGUAUUAGAGUUCGUUAAUGUUGGUUCCAUUCCCUCAACCGAAGGAAAUAUAUUAAGGUUUGCCGGAGAGACGAUAUCGGCCAAAUCAUUAAUUUUAAUCACAAUUAAACUCGAAGAUUCUAAAAUAUUUAUUUCAGUCAAUUGUGAAAAAAUGGUUAUUGGAUCUAUCUUAUUGAACGACAUUAAACAUUUAUUAGAAUCAUUCAAUUAA